UUGGUCGUCAAAGUGAGAGAAGUCAACUGAGGCGUUUCCUACAAAGCUAUAUAUUUUUUGGGGCCCGGUUAUUAACACAAAAGGGGACCAUGGUCAUGUUGAAGAUCUCUGCUUUCCUUGUUGCCUUGGUCAUUUGCCAGAUGUACAGUUCACAAGCAGCCCCCGCCAGAACGGGCAUAGAGUCCAUGACAGACCAAGUCACGCUUACGGACUACGAGGCACGGAGGUUACUCAACGCCAUAGUCAAGGAGUUUGUGCAGAUGACAACUGAAGAGCUGGAGCAGCAAGUGACUGAAGGCAAUAGCAUUGAAAGACCCCUAACCAAGCGCUGCUCCAACCUCAGCACCUGCAUGCUGGGCAAACUGUCCCAGGACCUGCACAAAUUACAAACGUUCCCCCGCACAGACGUGGGCGCGGGCACGCCUGGCAAGAAACGCAGCGCGCCCGAGAGCGAACGCUAUGCAAGCUACGGGGAGACACUUGAUAGCAUCUAACCCUUCCUCCUGUUCCCACUCUUUUUCACUUUUAAUUUGAAUGUCCUCCUGGUUUUAAAUCUCCGUGCAUGUGGAUUUUGCCUGCUUGACAUGAGAACGGAUUUCCCUUCGCAACGCCCCCGUGAUUUUUUUCCUUCUUCUUUUGAUAAUUCCAUCCCCCUUUCGGCAGAGAAGGACGUUGUAUCUGUUUAGACAAUCGAAAUGAGAACUUAUCUAAAAAUGACAAUUAUUCAAAAGAAUGACUCGAAAUGUAUCGAUGUUUUUUUUUUAUGAGUGUAUAUUCAUAUAAUUUGAUUGCGUUACAAAUUCCUCAAAUCUCCAAAUUCAUGAGAGAUAACAUACGUAAUAUUCAACUAUAAUAAAUGGUUUCUUUAUGCGGUAACAUGUUUCUUCUUCAAUAAACCUAUUUUUAU